GACAGGGUGCUGGAGAAACAAGACUCCCCGCAGCACAGCAGCAGUCUUCAGGAGGAGGAAAAAAAAAAAGGAAAGGGAAGAGAAAAAAUAAAAGAGAAACGAGGGAAACAGCCGGGUCACGGGAGUCCACCAGACAUACAGAAAACAGCCAACAACUCAGGGACUUGGCCAAUAGAGGCGGGAGCAGUUUGUUAUUGGAAAAGCUGACAAGAGAGAAAGGCAGCGGGGAGGGCAGAGAAAGAGAGAGGUGGCUGCCUGACUUUGAGCUGGUCAGUGAAGGCCUCAUGCAGCUUCUUAGCAGCAACUCAGCCCCAUUUCUUUCUGCCUGACACUCCUCCACUUUGUGCAAAGCUCACCAAGGAGCCCCGAAGGGAGAGGAAGAGGGGAAGCCAGGAGAGAAAUACGGAGGAAACCAGAAAGAAAGCAUGAUGACCCAAGAACAGUGCACUCAUAGGAACAAUGUCCAGAGUUCAGAGAAACCACAAGUGUACAAAGUGGGAAUAUACGGCUGGAGGAAACGCUGCCUUUACUUCUUCGUCCUGCUGCUGAUGAUCCUGAUCCUGAUCAACUUGGCACUAACUAUCUGGAUCCUCAAGGUCAUGAACUUUACCAUAGACGGCAUGGGCAACCUCAGGAUAACAGAGAAAGGCCUGAAACUGGAGGGGGACUCUGAGUUCCUCCAACCACUCUAUGCCAAAGAAAUUCAGUCCAAACCAGGCCGCCCGCUGUUCCUGCAGUCGUCCAGAAACGUGUCGGUCAAUAUCAUCAGCAGCAACAACCAGCUGCUCACACAACUCGUAACAGGAUCCAGUGGAUUUAAAGCACGAGGCAAGAUGUUUGAAGUCAAAUCCACCUCUGGGAAGCUCCUCUUCUCCGCUGACGAGCAGGAGGUGGUGGUGGGCGCCGAGAGGCUUAGAGUGAUGGGGGCCGAAGGAGCCGUGUUCAGCAAAUCGGUGGAGACGCCGCAUGUCAGGGCCGAGCCGUUCAAAGAGUUACGGCUGGAGUCUCCCACUCGCUCCUUGCUGAUGGAGGCUCCUAAAGGCAUCCAGAUCCUGGCCGAGGCCGGGGACAUCCAGGCCAUCUGCAGGAACGAACUGCGACUGGAGUCCAAAGAUGGAGAGAUCUCUCUGGAUGCUCGGAGGAUUCGCCUGAUGCGGCUGCCGGAGGGGAAGGCCUCCACCAGCUCCUCGUCCUCCGGGACCAGGCAGACUGUCUACGAGGUUUGCGUUUGCCCCAACGGGAGGCUUUUCCUGUCCCAGGCCGGCACCGGAUCCACCUGCCAGAUCAGCAACAAUGUCUGCCUCUAGAACUGAUAGAUCCAAAAAUAAAUAAAUACAGAGGUAUCCCGAAAGAAAGACAGGCAAAAACAGACAGAUGUACACAUAUCGCCUGCCUCUAGGACUGGUUCAAAGCAAACACAGACACAUACAAAGACUGCCAGAGCUGAUGGAUAAACAAUCAUAGAUACUGUACCUAUACAGAUACACAUGCAUACAUUUUACAGUCACAGACACUCAGACUGAUGUUUAGGCUCAACCGAUAUGUUUUAAAAAGGACCAGUGGCGAAAAUUUUGAACUAAAGCUGUCGGCAACUGAUAUUUUGUGCCAAUAUUUCAAUGCUAAAAAUAUUUUUUCCCUUAAUUUUGUAUGAGAGGAAAAGCCUUUGAACACAGCGUUUAGAGCUUAAUGGGACGCCAAAACUCUCCCCUGAGUCUCAUAAACAUCCGUCGAAGCUCUUUACAUAGACGGUACACUAGAACAUAUUAGGCUUUUAAAUUCAAAUAGGUGGAUAAAAGAAAAAAAUGUGUUGCAUUGCAGGUUUUAACAACUUUUUAAUACAACGGAGGUCAAAAGGGAUUAUUAACCUUGAUCACACUGGGAAUAUACGACACAGAAUGGAUGCACUGAAAUUGAAUAAAAGGACAGUGGCGGUAGUAUAUCGGUCUGACCCUAACAGUCAUACAUGACACUGCUAUUUAUUAAUAGCGUACACACAUACAGGUGCACACACCAGCUUACAGACAUUCAUACACAUUUUUAACACAUGAACAUGGUGUACACACACACACACACACACACACACACACACACAUGCACUCACACUCUCUGCUCGUAGGAGCCUCCUGGUAGAAACUGAGGGGAAAAUCUCCAGAGAUUUGCUGGAAGAGACACCGAUCUGUUCCCUUUCUUCCUCAAGAGCAUCUCAGUAGCAGAAUCACUAGGGUGAUCACCCGUGGCAACGGCCCCAACCCACCGCUCCUCCUCUCUGCUCGUCUUCUCCUCCUUCCUCACCCUCUCCUCUUCCUUCUCCAGCGCUUACAGCCGAGAUAAUUGAAGGGUUUCUACUUUUCCCGUUUUCUAUUUUAAGGCCCAACAGGCAGACUAUUAGCACCUAAUGACUGCUAUUCCUAAUGGGAACUGGAUCAGGAUCUAAGAUGCUACAAGGAACAUGAGGACCUGGACACUGGUCUAGGUCAAAUACAUUGCAAAGAGCGAUUUUAAUCAAAAACCACACCAGAUCCAGAUGUGUAUUUGCUCUAUAUGUGGAUUUGCAUUAAGUGCCGUUAGUGUGCCUGUGUGACAGUGCAUUAGCAGUGACAUUCCCUUUUAAUUUUAAUCAGAACAAGUUGAUGCUAAUGUGGGGACAGUAGGACGGUUUCCAAGUGAACGUUUAAAUUAGGCCAAAAUGUGGUGAUGCCAUGGUCACAUCAUAUCGCAUUUACCUGACCCCGAUCCUUUAAAUGACCCUAGCGUCCCAGUGGUGGUGUCAGUUGGUUCAGGGGAAUUAUUUGAUUCCACGGUGACUUGUUAAAGACACAAAACUGCCUUCACCGUCCCGGAUGUGGGACGUCCAGACAACCGACUCACUUCGAGUUGUUGGACAGAAGUCAGUUCGUCCAUUUCUCAUGGUGAAGACCCGCUGGUAGCGUCAAACCUCGCAAGCAAGCGAGGAGUUUGCUCAUUAACAAACUUUGGCCAAGUUCUGCUAUCCCACAAUGCCUUGGGAUAUUAACUCGCAUCCCGUAGAUACUGGAAAGGGGACCAACUUUACGUUGCGCCGCAACAUGUUCGGUGGGUCAUCAGCCUUAUGCUUCUUGUGAUAUGACAUGACCAUGGCACCAGCGCCUCAACCACUAGCCUGUUAGAACUCAGAGAAAGAUCUGAUGGAAACCACUGACUUAAAAUUGAGCGGAUAGUUGAUUGACUGUCAGUGUUCUGUUUCGCCUGCAUGAAUUCGUCCGUGUUUCCUCGUGACAGAGCAGCAUCACCCUCCUACCGUCCUGACAACGAGGAAAACGAUUUUUAAAACAAAAACAAAACACAGCAACUCCCUUGAAGUUCUUGAUCGCACACAGAAGGACAGAGCUCGUGUCAUAAAUGUCCGACGUAGGCUGCUUGAACCUCGGGCGGUGGUCACCCUACUUGUUUCUUGCACUGGGGCAUUUUUAAAAAAGGACACAAAAAAAACAAAACAAAUGCGAGCCGCUCUGUUGAAAGAGGGGAACUGUGCCUGUGCCUUAUGUCAAUGCACUUGUGGCAAGAAGAAGCACAUCACACAGACUUUCUUUGGCAUCAGCGAGUAACAUGAUCUCUGAUUUCAGUUCCGUUUCAUCCUAUUCACAAACGUCUCCCUCUGUGCGAAUGCAAAGACCUUCAGCCACAUCUGACUGUAGCUUCUCCUACUGUCAACAGCUGAUUCUGCAAAAGGAUGUGUCAUUUUCCUUUUUUUCGGUCACCACUUUAGCUCCCCCGGUGCGGUAGCUUUGCUUCUCAUGAACAAAUAUUCCGUGUGAUAACUUGUAUGUUUUGCUCUUCACGUUUCAACGCCGAACAUGUGAUCCUGUGAAGUUUUAACAGGCAGAUCGUGGCGCCGUUGGGUCUGAUUGCCGCUGCUUGACGCAAGCCACUGGGCCAAAAACAUCGGCAACUGAAGCACGGUGAGCGUUUUUCACGGUUCGGUUUAAGCAACUCAAAUCACUUGGAUAAGGGUCUUCCUCGAACAUCUGAAAAGUGACUUGAUUGAGCGAAGCUAUUUAGCAGUAGAUAAGCAUACUUUCUGGGAGACAGGGUUGAAGGGGGUGAGCCUCGCAGUGCCUGACAAUGGUAUGUAAGCAUCAGUCGACAUUUGCGCGACAAUGUGGCAAAAUUCAAUGUAUUUACACAGUUUUCACUUCUAAAGAUUCUUGCACGACGACACCCACAAGAAACUAGAUGUUUUUGAGCAAGUGGCUUGUGACGCCGCACACACUCAUGGUAGCGCACAGCAUUUAUUUAUAUCUCAUGUUGUUUCAAGUGUCACAUCCUUUUCAAGAGUCGGGCGUGCCAACCUUCUGGCUGCCUCUCAGCUUCUCUGUCGCUCUAUAUUAAAGGAAGGAUACUUCACAACAAAUUGAACCUAUCGGAUGUAUUUGUUUUCUGAAUACAUAUACACAAGAGAAAUACAUCUUUUUAUACGGUUGUAUAUGUAAAUAUUGUACACAUAACCGCGUCAGCGCGCAGCAGACAAUACACGCCGACAAAAGAGAGGCACCGCUCUUUUGCAAAAAGGAAAUCCUUUUUUAUGAUGUACAUCAGUAUGUGUUUUUAUACUAAAAGGGCAAAAAAAUAAUAAUGUUUAAGGAUAUUCAUUGAGUUAGCAUGUACAGCAAUGUAUACAAUGUUCGCCUGUGGAGAACAAGCUGGGUUUGUUUUUUAUGCCUUCUCCUUCCCCUACUGGUCCCUCCUGCUGAGCUGAGAUGCUUUCACACAAAGACAAACCUGCUGUCUUUUUGUUUUGCCGUCGGUGUUCUGUCGGGCCCGAGGUCUUUGCAUUCUCUCCAGGUGUGCUGUGUGUAAAUUUGUGCUACUAUGAGUGAGCUUUAGUUUUGUUCUUCUGCUCCGCCGAAGGUGUUGAAUGACUUUCAGAGAAGCAAACCCAGAAACCAAAAGUAAGAAGGAAAAAAAAAAAAAAAAAAAAAAAAGCCAGGAAGGAGAUGAUACACAGGGUUGAGGAGAAAUGCGCUGCGGUUAUCAAUUUAAUCCAUCAACUGGCAACAAAAAUCUACUACGCUUAUUGGAAAACAUAGUUAUCAAUCAUCGGAUCAAGGAUCAGAUCAUCGACCGUAUUAUCAAUCGGACUAAAAUAUUUUCAGAAAGCAAACGAUUACUUUGAUUCUAUAGGUAUAAGUGACGUUAUUUAAAACAGAGAUAAUGGUAGUUUAUUAACACCAUGAAGCAAAUGAAUUGUUUUAAAUGCAUAACGUGAGAAUUCUGGAGCCAAAGUGACCUAAGGACAAUCUGCCGAUGCUGCCGAUGGGGCACGACUCAGUGGAUUGUGCUGCUAAUCGGUCAAUUGACCAGAUCCCACUCUGUAAGCGGUUCCUCCAACCCUGUGUGUCGGCGCUGCGUGCUCCGGACGUCCUUUCCCGGCUGCACACUGGGGCAACCAUCCAUCCUGAAUGCUUACAUUUUUCUUCAUUCUUCAGUCUGAAACUGCCGUUCAUGGAGUAGUUUUCACAGAUGCCCAAAUAAAAGGCGUUGUUCAAA